AUGUCCAGCGAGAAGAAACAGCGUUACCUGCUGAAUGUAGACCCGAAAAUUGCCAAGCAGAGGGAUGACAAGAGCGACACGUUGAAGAGAUUCAAACAUCUGUUGUCCCUCACGGAUCUAUUCCUGCAUUUCAUAUCUCUGAAAUCCAAACAUGACAAGUCGUUGCAGAAACUGCUGAAGAACUACCAGGAAGUUCAUUCGACAACGGGAUCAAAUGGGAAGAAAGAGUACGUCUCCAGACACCACAGAAAGUCAGAGAAGGAAGAGGAUGCAGAGUUGAUGGCUGAAGAGGAGGGGGGCGGAGAGGAUGAGUAUAACACAGAGGAUUUUGUCACAGAAAGCCCCAAAUUUGUUGAAGGUGGGACUCUUAGAGAUUACCAGAUCCAAGGUUUGAACUGGUUGAUCUCUUUGCACGAAAAUAAACUGUCUGGUAUCCUGGCAGAUGAAAUGGGGCUCGGGAAGACUUUACAAACUAUAGCGUUUCUAGGGUAUUUGCGAUACGUGAAAAAUGUUGAGGGCCCCUUUCUCGUAGUAGUGCCCAAAUCCACUUUGGAUAAUUGGAGGAGAGAGUUCAAUAAAUGGACCCCUGAAGUCACUGCUGUGGUUUUGCAAGGUGAUAAGGAAUCCAGAGGCGAGAUUAUGAACGAUGUGGUGAUGGAGGCAAAAUUCGACGUUCUGAUCACUUCCUAUGAAAUGAUUAUAAGAGAGAAGAACAUCCUGAAAAAAUUCGCCUGGCAGUACAUUAUCAUAGAUGAAGCUCAUCGUAUUAAAAAUGAGCAAAGUGCUUUGUCCCAAAUUAUUCGUUUAUUCUAUUCCAAAAACAGACUGUUGAUUACAGGCACCCCUCUACAAAACAAUCUGCACGAACUUUGGGCACUACUGAAUUUCUUGCUUCCAGACGUGUUUGGGGACUCUGAAGUAUUCGAUGAAUGGUUUGCAGAGAAUAACACUGAGCAAGACCAAGAGGUGUUGGUGCAACAACUGCAUGCUGUAUUAAACCCAUUCCUUCUAAGAAGAGUAAAGGCGGAUGUUGAAAAAUCUUUGCUACCGAAAAUCGAAACCAAUGUUUACGUCGGGAUGACCGAUAUGCAGGUUCAAUGGUACAAAUCCUUACUGGAGAGAGACAUUGACGCAGUCAAUGGUGCUGUGGGUAAAAGGGAAGGAAAAACGCGGCUCCUAAACAUCGUUAUGCAACUUAGAAAGUGUUGUAACCACCCUUACCUGUUUGAAGGGGCUGAACCUGGCCCACCUUACACCACGGACGAGCAUCUAAUUUUCAAUUCUGGUAAGAUGAUCAUUUUGGACAAAUUGCUGAAGAGGUUGAAGGAAAAGGGGUCGCGGGUCCUUAUCUUUAGUCAAAUGUCCAGAUUGUUAGAUAUACUGGAAGAUUACUGUUAUUUUAGGGAUCUCGAGUACUGCAGAAUCGAUGGGUCAACCGCACACGAAGAACGUAUCGAGGCAAUAGACGAUUACAAUAAACCUGAUUCUGACAAGUUCGUUUUCCUAUUGACCACCCGUGCUGGUGGGCUUGGGAUCAAUCUGGUAACAGCGGAUACAGUUAUUCUAUUCGACUCUGAUUGGAACCCUCAAGCUGAUUUGCAAGCCAUGGAUAGAGCACACAGAAUAGGACAGAAGAAGCAGGUGCACGUUUAUAGAUUUGUCACCGAGAAUGCAAUUGAGGAAAAAGUUAUUGAGAGAGCAGCGCAGAAAUUAAGGUUAGAUCAGUUGGUUAUUCAACAAGGGUCUGGCAAGAAGAGUGCCAAUUUAGGUAACAGCAAGGAUGAUUUGAUCGAAAUGAUCCAAUUUGGUGCCAAGAACGUUUUUGAAAAGGACUCGAAGAAAAUGACAGUAGAUGCAGAUAUUGAUGAUAUCCUGAAGAAAGGUGAGCAAAAAACACAAGAAUUGAAUGCCAAAUACCAGGCACUAGGUUUGGAUGACUUGCAGAAAUUUAACGAAGUGGAAAACCAAUCUGCUUAUGAGUGGAACGGAAAGAAUUUCCAGAAGAAACCCGUUGACAAAGUUGUCAACUGGAUAAAUCCGUCCAGGAGGGAGAGGAGAAGAGAACAACAGACUUACUCGGUCGAUGACUACUAUAAAGAGAUAAUUGGUGGCGGUAGCUCCAAGAGUUCAAAAAUGGCGUCAAACCCAAAGAUACCGAAGGCUCCCAAAAUUGUUCACGGUCAAGACUUCCAGUUCUAUCCAAAGGCGCUUGAUGACCUUCAAACGAAAGAACAACUAUAUUUCAAAAAGAAGGUCAAUUACAAAGUGACCUCUUACGAUAUAACGGGUGCGAGCGAUGCGGAUAGCGAUGACGAGAAUGAAACAUCAAAGAGCAAACAGUCAAUUGACGGUAAAGAUAUAGAGGAACGUGUGAAGGAGGAACAAGCCAGGAUUGAUUCAGCUCCAAAAUUUACGGAAGAAGAUGAGAGUGAGAAACAAAGACUAAUAUCCUUGGCAUUCACGCAUUGGAACAAGCGAGAUUUUUUAGCAUUUAUAAAUGCUUGUGCCAGGUACGGUAGACAGAACAUGGAGAGUAUCAGCCAUGCAAUUGAAUCCAAAACCCCUGAAGAGGUUCGCGCCUAUGCAUCGGUAUUUUGGCUAAGGUUCAACGAAAUAAGUGGUUAUGAGAAGCAUUUAACAACCAUUGAAAACGGGGAGAAAAAAAAUAGGAAAUUGAAGAUCCAGGAGGCAGUGCUACGUAAAAAAUUGGAGCAGUAUGAAUACCCGCUCCAUGAAAUGAUGAUACAGUAUCCACCCAAUAAUGCCAGGAGGACAUACAACUCUUUGGAAGAUAAAUUUAUGCUGAUGACCGUAAGCAGAUUUGGACUAACGGAUGACAGACUAUAUGAAAAGUUGAAACAGGAAAUCUUGUUGAGUGACUUGUUUACAUUUGAUUGGUUUAUCAGAUCAAGAACCAUUCAUGAAUUGUCUAAGAGGGUAAAUACACUGCUGACUUUGAUCGUGAGAGAGUCUGAAUCCCCUGAGGGAUUGAAGAAAAAGAGACAAAGAAACCCAACCAAGGAAAGCUCAGCCACACCGAUGCUAAACAGUAUAGCCAGCUCAGCGACUCCAACUUUAAGAAGCGAGCCCACUAUUGAGCAGCGCCCAAACAGCGAGCCAGAGCUGAAGAAGGCCAAAGCUUGA